AUGGCCCAUCAUGAUUCGGAGCUUUCGUGGUUGAACGAGCUCCUGCCACAGCUCCCAGCUCAGCUGCAGGAAGGUCUUGUUGCGCACAGAGGCUUUCAUUCCCCACAGCUGCUUGAGCAUCGACCUGUGGAAUGCACAUUGCCCGCGCUAAAGUCGGCAUGGGAGGCUGGAAUUAAGUUUUGCGAAUGUGAUGUGCGACUAAGUUCCGAUGGCGAAAUCAUUCUGCUUCACGAUGCAACGCUGGAUCGUGUGACAGCCAAGACGGGCACGCCAAACAUCGCAGAGUCUACCGCCGAAGAUCUCUUGCGCUGGCCAUUGCUCCAACAAGAUGCGCGUCUGGCCUCCUUAGACGAGGUCCUGCAAACUGCUCUUGCAGCAUCGUGCCAGCUAGUGAUCGAGCUGAAAGGCUCCGAUGGUCCCAGUGUCGGAAGGGCAGUGGCCACUUUCCUGGGUUCAAGACCGGAGCUCAUCAAGGCAUGCGCGCUGGUCAUGUCUUUUGAGCUCGAGGAGUUGAAGGGCUUCGCCACUGCUUUCGAAGAGCAGCGGCGACUUAGACCCGGCUUGGAGCGCCCCGCGCUCUUCCUCCUGACGGUCGCGCCGCAGGCAGAGCAGGCGCCGCCGCCGGAUCUUGAAGAAGAGCGCCUCGAAGAGCCCCUCGAAGAGCCCCUCGAAGAGCCCCUCGAAGAGCGCCUCGAAGAGCGCCUCGAAGAGCGUCGAAAAGACGAUCGAAGAGACCAAAGAUAUCAAGUGCUUGAUAUUGGAAGUUCUGCGUGGCUGGACACGGCCAUGCAGCUUUUGCGCGAGGCCGCCUCGGCGAGAGUAUGGCCUCCGGCUUCGGCAGACAUUUCCCAGAAGUUCGUCAUGUGGGACUUGUGCCUUGACGGCUUCUAUAUCGAGUGGACGGAGCAGCUGACGGGCAUUCACAAGGAUGCCUUGCAGCAUCUAUGUCGUUGCUGUUCCGUGGGUGUGUGGCAAUGCUUCGGGCAGACCGACCAUGCAGAAGAGGCCGCUCUUCUUCUGCUCAGGAUUCUCUGCUUUCGUCAGAGGGGUAUAGUUAGCGGCGUACGAUUUUGGUGA